AUGGCAUCUCCUGGCUCAGGAUUUUGGUCUUUUGGAGCAGAAGAGGGGAACAAUGAUUCUGACAACCCAGGAGCAGCAAAAGCUUUUUGUCAAGUUGCUCAGAAAUUUACAGGAGGCAUCAGCUCAAAAUUAUGUGCUUUACUUUAUGGAGAGGGGGAAAAAUCAGCAGAUCUUGCAAACAAAGAUGAAAUGUGUCCUGGUGAAAAAGGAAUCGAUUCCAACUAUGACAAGAAUGCAUACAGCAGUGAGAAGGGCGACAUCAACUUCUCCUUAUUGUACGCAACAAAUCUUUUGCCUGCAAAAAAUGGAGAGCCAGAAACCCUGCGCUUUUUGCAAGAAGUUAUAGACAUUUUAUUACAAUAUAUAGUCAAAACCUUUGACAGGUCUACCAAAGUGAUUGAUUUUCACUAUCCAAAUGAGCUUCUUCAAGAAUAUGACUGGGAGCUGUCAGAGCAACCGCAGAAUUUGGAGGAGACCCUACUUAACUGCAAGACUGCCUUAAAAUAUGCUAUUAAAACAGGACAUCCCAGAUAUUUCAAUCAACUUUCUACUGGUCUUGACAUGGUUGGAUUAGCGGCAGACUGGUUGACCUCAACAGCAAACACCAAUAUGUUCACCUAUGAAAUUGCUCCUGUAUUUGUACUCUUAGAAUAUGUCACCUUAAAGAAAAUGAGAGAACUCAUUGGUUGGCCUGGAGGAUGUGGUGAUGGAAUAUUUUCUCCAGGUGGUGCCAUAUCUAACUUGUAUGCUAUGUUGAUUGCACGUUUCAAGAUGUUCCCAGAGGUUAAAGAGAAAGGAAUGUCAGCCAUCCCAAGACUGGUUGCCUUCACAUCAGAACAGAGUCACUUUUCAGUAAAGAAGGGAGCAGCAGCCUUGGGAAUUGGCACAGACAGUGUGAUCCUUAUCAGGUGUGAUGAAAGGGGGAAAAUGAUCCCAUCAGAUCUUGAAAGGAGAAUCAUUGAAGCCAAGCAGAAAGGAUAUGUGCCAUUUUUUGUUAGUGCCACAGCAGGGACAACUGUCUAUGGUGCAUUUGACCCACUUAUUGCUAUAUCCGAUGUCUGUAAAAAGUUUAACAUCUGGAUGCAUGUUGAUGCAGCAUGGGGUGGAGGACUGCUGAUGUCAAGAAAACACAGAUGGAAGUUAAAUGGUGCUGACAGAGCCAAUUCUGUCACAUGGAAUCCACACAAAAUGAUGGGAGUUCCACUCCAGUGCUCAGCACUUUUGGUUAGAGAAGAGGGAAUAAUGCAAAACUGCAAUCAGAUGCAUGCAUCCUACCUCUUCCAGCAAGAUAAACAAUAUGACCUGUCCUAUGACACUGGGGACAAGGCCCUGCAAUGUGGACGUCAUGUAGACAUUUUUAAACUUUGGUUGAUGUGGAGAGCUAAGGGAACAACAGGAUUUGAGGUUCAGAUUGAUAAAUGCUUAGAACUGGCAGAAUAUCUGUAUAAUAAAAUAAAGAAUCGGGAAGGCUAUGAACUGGUCAUUGAAGGAAAGCCUCAGCAUACCAAUGUUUGCUUUUGGUACCUACCCCCAAGUUUAAGGCACAUGGAAGACAAUGAGGAAAGAAUGGCAAGACUUGUGAAGGUGGCACCAGUGAUCAAGGCCCGGAUGAUGGAAUAUGGAACCACCAUGGUCAGUUAUCAACCUCUUGGAGACAAAGUAAACUUCUUCCGCAUGGUGAUCUCUAACCCAGCAGCAGCUCAUCAAGACAUUGAUUUUCUGAUUGAUGAAAUUGAACGCCUUGGACAGGAUUUAUAA